AUGGAGGAGAAUUCCUGGAGGCAAAAAUCUCGGGCCCUUUGGUUGAAGGAAGGGGGCAAGAACACAAAUUUUUUCCACAAAGUAGCUAAUUCCAAUCGAAUAAACAACGCCAUCAAGGUUCUUCAUUUGGAAGGGAGGGUUCUUUCAGACAGAGUCGCUAUCAAGGAUCACAUUGUCCACUUUUAUGAUAAGCUUCUGAAGGAGCAACAUCAUUGGAGACCCAAGGUAGAUGGGCUAGUUUUUUAUUCUAUUGAUCAAUCGAGUGGGGCUUUUGAAGAGGAAGAGAAAAGCCUUAAUGCCACAUUUAUCGCCCUUAUUCCUAAAAGGGCAAGGUUGGUGGAGGUGCAAGAUUUUCAUCCUAUAAGUUUGGUGAGUGGGGUUUACAAGAUCAUCUCUAAAGUUCUAGCCCAGCGGUUGAGCGAAGUCAUGGGGAAGAUCAUCUUGAAGUCCCAAAACGCUUUUGUAAAAGGAAGGCAAAUACUAGACUCGGUCCUCAUCGCUACUGAAUGCUUGGAGAGUAGAGUCAAAGCCGACAUUCCAGUAAUGGAUGUUCUGAGUAGAAUGUUGAAAGGGAUGACGGAUAGGGGCUUCAUCUCGGGUUUCUCAGUGGGUGGUUCCUCACAUGGUAGUCUAUCAAUCUCUCACUUACUUUUAGCCGAUGACACACUGAUUUACUAUGAGUCAGACCCCGAUCAGAAUUGUUCCUUGAGAGCUCUCCUGCUUUGUUUCGAAGUUAUCUCCGGUCUUGAGUUGAAUCUAUCAAAAUCUGAAAUAAUUCCAGUUGGUUCGGUUAAUAAUUUUAGUGACUUGGCUGCCAUCAUGGGCUGCAAGGUGUCAUCCUUGCUCAUGAAGUACCUUGGACUUCCUUUGGGGGCUCCUCAUAAAUCCAAGGCUAUGUGGGAUGGAAUUGUUGAGAAGAUCGAAUGCAAAUUGGCGGGAGUGGCAAACAGAUUGGAGAAGAUUUUUUGUGAUUUCUUGUGGGGCGGUUUAGAGGACACGAAAAAAUUUCAUUUGAUUAAGUGGGACAAAAUCUGCACACCUUUGUCCUACGGCGGAUUGGGGGUUAGAAAAUUGAGAACCUUCAAUAAGGCCCUUUUAGGAAAAUGGUUAUGGCGGUAUCAUCGGAAAGGAGAUGCUCUUUGGAGGAACAUUAUCGAUAUUAAGUAUGGGAGCAUAUGGGGAGAUAAGGAUACUUCAGUGGAUGACAACAUGGACAUCUCUUCUGAUUUCACUCAUUGA